UUCGUGUCGUUCUGAUUUAAUUUUAAUGUUUUUGGUGUUUAAACAUAUUUAAUAAAUUAAAAUGCCUGCUGUAAUAGAAAAUGAUACUCUGGUUUACAAGGGGAGCAAUUUAUUUCGCCAGCGGCUGCUUCUUUCGACAUUGAGUGGACGAGCAAUUAGAAUUGUUGAUAUACGGAACUCCCACAAUAAUCCGGGUCUAAAGGAGUUCGAAGUGAACUUGAUACGUCUGAUGGACAAAAUCACGAACGGCUCGAGGGUAGAACUGAACGAAACCGGGACUUCGUUGUACUAUCAACCGGGAAUAUUGAUCGGCGGUCAAGUAACCCACAGUUGCUGUCCUCAAAGAGGCAUUGGAUAUUAUUUGGAGCUACUGCUGGCGCUGGGUCCAUUUUGUAAGGAGCCUCUGAAUGCAGUUCUUCAGGGUGUCACGCACCAUGAUCUAGAUGUAUCCGUUGAUAAGAUUAAAACAGCAGCCUUACCAAUUUUGUUAAAAUUCAUUCUUGUUGAUGAUGGAUUAGAACUCAAAGUUGUACGCAGAGGUGCUCCACCCUUGGGUGGGGGUGAGGUAGUGUUCAAAUGCCCGGUGCGUCGUCACUUGCGGCCGCUGCAGUGGACAAAGUGGGGUCUGGUCAAGAGAAUCCGGGGUGUGGUGUAUGCAUUGAGGGUAUCACCCACCAUGGCUAACAGAGUGGUUGAGUCCGCUAAAGGGGUGAUGUUAAAGUUUCUGCCUGAUGUGUACAUCAACACAGACCAAUGCCGAGGUUCAAAUGCCGGAAAGAGUCCAGGUUUUGGAGUCAGCCUUGUUGCCGAGACUAAUGAGAAAACUUUUUACUGUGCUGAAGCGAAAUCCCUAGAAGCGGGCAGCGGUGAGACGGUGCUACCGGAGGAGCUGGGGCGACAGUGCGCUCUCAAGUUGCUGGAUGAAAUCUACCGGAGCGGCGCCGUCGACUCCUCGUUCCAGUGGCUGCUGGCGCUGUGGAUGGCGCUCGGACAGAAGGACGUCAGCGAAUGUGUUGUUGGUCCCCUCUCCGACUACACGAUAAAGUUCUUGCAGCACCUCAAAGAGUUCUUCGGGGUUAUGUUCAAGCUGGAGGUUAUGAGGAAAGAUGAUGAUGAGGAAUCUGAUGAGGAGAAGGCUGCGACUGCGCAAACUGUCAAGAUGACUUGUGUCGGCAUAGGUUAUGUCAAUAUUAGUAAGAGGACUUUAUAAAUAAAUCCAAUUUAAUUUA